CUCAUCAUACGCGUGUUACAUAUAUACAUUUAUUCAACGCUUUGUUUAUGAUCUGGGGAAAUCUGUUACUAUCCCAUUCAACCAAUUCUUACACAAUCGUAAUUUCACUUUAACCAGAUCGCAAGUAAGUACCUAUUGCUGGUAAUAGUGAGUUAAUCCCCCUAUGAGGAGAGUCGUAUGAAAUUAUAGAGAGUGCUGUAUUAAGAUUACGGACUUAAUCUUCACAUUUUGGUGAUAAGAUUGUUCGAGUUUAUUUCAGUUCAUACGAACAUUCAAAAUUGACAGUAGACAUCGAAUGUUACACUACUGACGUCUAACUUCUCAGCAUGGGUUUCAGCAAACAAUAUUUUCGAGGUAUUUUCGCAGUGAUUCUUAUAGGAUAUGCUAGUAGCGAGCCAUCACUGACCAAGGUAUCAGUUUAUUACGAGAGCCUUUGUCCUGAUAGUAUCAAUUUCAUAGCUAACGAAUUGUUCCCGAACUACGAGAACUUCAAGGGUAGGAUUCUGGUGGAUUUGGUCCCGUACGGAAAAGCUUCGCAAAGCAAAGCUGUGUCCGGAGAUUGGAUUUUUCGAUGUCAGCAUGGUUCUGACGAGUGCAGAGGCAACAAAUAUCAGGCCUGUGCCCUGAAUCAGAAGAAAGGGCAGGACAACGAUGUGAAGUUCGUGAACUGUGCCAUGACUCUGGCUGAUCCAUCUGACCCUUCUGGAAUUGAGAAUUGCGCUAAUCAAAAUGGUUAUAACUGGAACACUCUCACUGCUUGUUUUGAAGGAAGACAAGGUGGUGAUCUCUUGGCAGCGUAUGGAGACAGAACGCACAAUUUGAAACCGAAGUUGAGAUUCGUACCUACGAUAAUGUUAGACGACGAAUUCGACCAAAGCGUUCAAAACCAGUGUUUGCACGAUUUGGCAGGUGCUUUAUGCUCAAAAAUGUCCGAGCCUAAGCCGAAAGUUUGCGGGAGUUAGUUGUAAGGACCCAAAAUGACCACUAGGUAUCUUGUGAUAUUUUUCAGAUUUAUUUGGAAGAAGCAUCCGGUCCUUAGCUAGAAAGAAAACUCAUUCGAUAAAUUUAGCUGUUUUCGUUUUAUUCUCUCAUGUUUUAUUACUGACUUGACGAAAAAUGUUCUGAUAUAUCUUAAUUUUUUUUUUCAAUAAAAUUGUACAGAAUUA